AUGGCGGAAAAAUUAAAUGCGAAUGACAAACAAAAUUAUUCAGAUAAAAAUAUCGAUAUUAAUGGGAGUACAGAGUUAUUAAUAUCAUUUCUGUCUGAGUUAAGAUAUCUUAUAAGAAGUUUCCGUAAUAAAUUAAUAAAAACAUAUCGGACGUACGUUAAAGUCCUCGAAGCUGAUGAAAAUAAAUUAACUAUUCCCUAUUCAUCAUUUAUAAAAGCCGACGGGCAUUAUCACAGAAUAAUAAAAUUGUUAGAUGAUUUCUUGAAAGUAUUUUCGAACGACUACCUUGACGUCGUGACGUCACUAAGCGAACUAAGUUUAUUAUAUAAUCAGUAUAAUAAUCUAUUGAUUGAAAAAGAUAAUAUAGGUAAUGAUUCACAGAAAUAUUAUCAUUUGAUAAAUAAAUUAGAGUCUACAGCUCACAAAUAUGAAAAAUUAGCUGUCGAUUUGAAUAAAAAAAUUAAUAAUUUUCGUUCGUUACAAAACAGUUUAAAAAAUUUGGUUAUUAUUUACAAAUCAUUCAGUGGAAAAAGAUUCUUUAUUUCAAUAAACAUAAAUAGCGAUGAUUUGAAAAGUAUUUUAGAGUUCAAUAACAUUUCUAAUAAACGCAAUGAAAUUAAUAAUAAUUUUAUACAUAAUUACGGUGAACGAUUAAAGAGGUUAAGUAAGCCUGUUUUGAACCCAGUGUCCUCAUUAAAUAAUAAUUACUCCGAAAAAGUACCUAAUAAUAAAUUUUCGAUAAAAAAACCCGCAGCUCAACCGGAAUUCGAAACCGGGUUCGAAGAUGUUGACAUGAAGGACCCAAGUAUUUUGGGAAAACGUUCACGUGAAAGAGAUAAUUUGAUUAAUGAAUUGAAAGAAAUUCACAAAACUAAAAAAAUGAUUAAGCCGGACUUCAAAACCGACUCCGAGGACGUUGACAUGAAGGACCCAAGUAUUUUGGGAAAACGUUCACGUGAAAGAGAUAAUUUGAUUAAUGAAUUGAAAGAAAUUCACAAAACUAAAAAAAUGAUUAAGCCGGACUUCAAAACCGACUCCGAGGACGUUGACAUGAAGGACCCAAGUAUUUUAGGGAUACGUUCUACUAAAAUAGAAGAUUCAGUUAACGAAUCCAAAAAAAUUAUAAAAAGCAAUGAAGUGACCGAAUUACCUGCGUUAGCAUUAUCAGCAACGAACACUGAAGUAAAAACCGCUGGAAUAUUGGAGGACAUCGAAUCUGACGAAGACAUUAAUCGAUUAAUCGAAAAAGCUAAUGAUUGGUUAGGUUAUGUUAACCAAAAUAUUCGAUUCUUAUUAAAUUUAGAAGGUUUCGAUGACUUUCUUAAGCAACAGCCAUAUUUAUUACCAAUUUCAAAUGAGCUUGAUAAACAAUCACAAUUGAAAAAUAUAUAUGAUGAUAUGAAAAGACGAGAAAAUGAAUUGAUAAAAAAUAAACAUGAAGAUAUGAACUCACUUGAUAUUAAUUCGAUCGAUUACUUAUAUAAAAAAUUAUUGAUUUCCGAGGUAAUAUAUUAUUUUGUAUUUUAUUCUGCAAAUAUGAUGAUCGAUAAAGUCUUAACUCCAUAUUACGAGUCAAAGUUGGAAAAGGUAGAAGAGAUGACUAAAGUUAAAGAGGAAGUUGAAACGUUGGAUAAAACAGAAAUUGAUAAGUUCAUUGUUAUUAUAUUCAUGUUGGAAAAAGUGAUUGAUAAAUUGAAAAAUAAAAUCGAUGAAGUAGAAAAAGACUCUAUUAAUGAUAAAGAAAAUGAGGAAGAAGCGAACAGAAUAAUGUACAGGCAGGAAAUAAAUGAUGCGUUUAAAAACUUUGUUAAUACAAAGUAUAAAGUUUUAGUGGUACUUUAUAAACUUUCCGAUGAAGAAAAUCCAUUUAACGUAAUAGCUCUUAAGAGAUCAUUAAAACAAUUAGAUAGUGAAUUGGAACAAAAUGGCAAAUAUUAUGAAACAGAACGUCUUAACUAUUAUUCGCGGUAUUUGAUAAACGCACGAUAAAGUGGAAUGGGAUAAAUUAUGCUGAAUUAUAUUGAGAUUUAAUAU